AUGACAUGCGUCGGAAGCCUCUGCAUCAUCGUGUUGUGUCUGAUCUCGACGUAUGUGUUUGGGUCCAACAAGGAGGUUCAGGGCUGGGUCGCCGCGCACCGGCCAGACAUCAACCAGAACACGACCGUCGGCCACUUCAUCGAGGGCUUGGAGGCGUGGGAGAAGACGACCGAGGAGGAGCUGCGGUACCACCUGCACCAGGUCGCGCAGCGGUGGCACGGCGACGCGGUGGACGCUGGCGGGGCGCACGGGCCCGAGAAGGCCACGCGGCACGGCGCGGCGGUGCCGGCUGCUGGAGACGGCAUGGUGGGCUUCGUGGACCACCACGAGGACCCCGACGUGGGCCACGACGCCCCGAAGCCGGGCAACAACCACGAGGGCGGGAAAGCGGCUGCGCGCCCGACGCCGACCCCGAAGAAGCGCGUCGACGAAGCGCAGGCGCGCAGCGCCGCGACGGCGGCAAUCGGCGGGGUCGCGGCCGGCGGCGCGGCGCGGACGCAGAGCGCCACCCCUGCAGCAUCCGCAGCAAAGGCGGCAGCGGCGGCAGCGCAGGUGUCGAUGCAGGGCGCUCGCACGCGGGGCGCGAGCAGGCCCACGGUGGGCGCUGCGACGCGGCAGAGCGACCGGAGCCAAGCGGACGCUGCGCUCGGGGGCAUGGCGGCCGGAGGUGGUGCGGGGAACGACGCCGCCAGUGCGCACACCAGCGGGUCGGCGGGGCAGCGGACGGCGGCAGCUUCGCGGGGUGCUGCGAAGGGCGUCGGCGCAGGCGAUGCGGCCGGCGCGGGCCACGCGCACGGGGCUGCUUCGCGCGCCAUUGACGGAAGUCUCCGCGCAGCGGGUGGCACGACCAGCGACGAGGAGAAGGAGGACGGGCUUGCAGACUUGCGCGGGUUCGGCGAGUCCCGCGCGACCGCCGCCUCCAAGCAGGCAGCGGGCGGCAUGCAGGUCGCGGGCGGGGCAAAAGGCAGUGCCACUCACGAGCCCGAUGCGGAGCACGCCGGCGCGUUCGACCACGGCGCGGCCGGCGUGCCUGCCGGCGGGGCCGAUCUCACGGCGCAGGCGCGGAUCGGCGGGGACGGCGACGCGGGCAUGGCGUCGGACGCCGACCACCACCCCACGCACCACAUUGCGCACGCCGGCGACAUCGACGAGGGCCACGGCGGCGGCGGCGCGCCCGAGGACGCGGACUCGUUCACGCGGGCCCCGCCGCCGCGGCUGGCGGACGGCCGCGGGGGGUCGGUGGGCGGGAUGGGGCAGGCGGUGGUGGGGCGGCUCGGAGAGAAGGACGACGACGAGGAGAUGGACCACGUGGUGGCGCGCGCGCACCACGCGGACACCCACGGCGUCAGUGCGGACGGCGUCGGGCUGGCGGGCGCCGACGCGGCGGAGCGGGCGCACAAGGGCGCUAGUGCGGGGGGGCAUGUGUCGGCGGGGUCGGUCGGUGCCGGGGAGGAGGGGGGCGACGCGGAGUACGAUGAGGAGGAGGGGGCCGACGAGGAGGGCGACGCGGAGUACGACGAGGAGGCGGAGGCGGAGGAGGACGAGGAGGACGAGGAGCAGGAGGGCGAUGAGUUUGACGAGGACGAGGAGGAGGAGGGUGACGAGGAGGGCGCACACGGGCGGGCGGACGGGUUGGUGCGGUCUGCGAGGCUCACUGGGGCGUGA